UGUUUAGGGUUAUUUAUACAAGUGUGUAUUGGUAAUUAUUAUUAACCUGUAGAUAUAUCUACUUUUUGAAGAUUUUGAAUAGUAUACAUUUUUCAGGGAAUGGCACCAAUGUCUGCUGCGGAGAAGCAGCGGCGCUACCGAGCACGUCGUGAUGCUGACCCUGAGAGAAGACAGAUAUAUCUCAAUAAAGAGAAAGAGAAGUGGAGAAAGGACAGAGAGGAAGGGAAAAAAAAGAAAGUGGCAGAUCUCAGUGAACGACAGAAGAGAGCACAGAGAAAGCAGUGGCGAGAAAGGAAAAGAAAGCAGAGGGCUAGUGCCAAAGGCAGGACAGAAUUUGAGGCUAUGAAUACUCCUCCCCUAAGUCCAGAAUAUUCCCUAGAGCCAGAAAAUGCCCCACAACCAGGACCCUCAAGGCAAUACAUUGUUGGACGAAGGAAUAUUAGACAGGGAAGAAGGAGACUCAAGAAUGAAAUUAAAGAGCUAAAGGCCUUGUUGGAAAAGGAAAAGAGAAAAAAAGAAAAAUACAAGAAGAGGUGCCAGCGUUUGGGUGGGGAAAAAAAAUCCCCACGUUCUAAAGUGGAUGCACUGCUGCGUCAUGAAACAGUUAGCAACACAAUUAGGAAAAGACUAUUACUGCAGGAAUCAAUCAUUGAGGAAAUCAGGAAUAAAUACAAAAACACCAAAAAGGAACGAGAGAGGCAAAUUAUUGCAAAAACGACAAUAGGAAAAAUUAUAAAGAAAUACAGGCUACAGAGGGCUGCACAGACAGCUCUAGGCUUUUCAAAAAAGCGUGUUCAAAGACAAGAUGGAGGGCUCAUAACCUUUGAAAGAAAGGAAAGCAAUAGAUUACCAGUUGAUUGCAAGCAGAAAAUAAAGGCCUUCUUCUUAAGAGAUGACGUCAGUCGGAUGACAACAGGACGAAAGCAAACUGUAACUCAAAAGAAAAUAAAAAAACAGAAACGUUUGCUAACUGAUUCACUGAAGAAUCUGCACCAUAAGUUUCUUUCAGAAACUGAGCAUCAGGUCUCAUAUUCUUGUUUCUGCACCUUAAGACCAUUUUGGGUUGUGGUGCCCACAGAAGCUGAUCGUGAAACCUGUCAGUGCAGGACACAUGAGAACUUACAGUUCAUGGCCAAUGCCCUGUACGUCCAAGGUCUGUCAGCAACAAAACACAUUGAAGAGAUGGUAGAUGCAACAAUGUGUGAUGCUAAAUCCAAAGUCUGUGCAUACGGUGAGUGCAAAGACUGUUUCAGUACAACACACACACUCUUGAGACCUCCUAACAACACAGAGAUAGCCUUUACCAAGUGGUCUCUAGAAGAGAAUGAAAAAUUAAAUGAUGGAGAGGUAUCUGGUAAAAAGUCAACAAUUACAGUGAAGACAACUGUCAUGACAACAGAGGAUGCACUUGCAGGGGAAUUUCAUGACGGACUACUCAGAUUUAGGCGGCACGUCUUUAAUAUCCGAUGGCAGUAUAGGGCCUACAGACAACUGAGAGAAAAUUUGAGAAACGAUGAAUGUCUGCUACAUGUAGAUUUCAGUGAGAACUACUCCUGUAAGUAUUCUCAAGAAGUACAAGCAGUCCACUUCGGAGGGUCACACCAGCAGGCAACCCUACAUACUGGAGUACUGUACACUGCAGCUGAACAGUCACCAGUAACAUUCUGCUCUAUCUCACCUUCCAGGCGGCAUGAUCCCCCUGCGAUAUGGGCCCAUCUUGACCCUGUGUUAGACAUGAUCAGAGAAAGAUACCCUCUUAUCAAACACCUCCAUGUCUUCAGCGAUGGUCCAGCUACACAAUACAAACAAAAGGGCAACUUUUACCUGCUCUCAAAAGAGCCAUUCAAAAAAGGGUUCAAAAACAUCAGCUGAUAUCCCCAACGCAGAAGCCAUGUUUCACAAGCUGAGAGACAUGGGCACUUCAGUGGAACUUUUUUUUGUGGGAGAAGAUGAUGUUGAGAGGAAAGUAAAAGAAAUUAUUGAUGGACCGACACUUGUGCCUGUCAAAGGAACCAUGAAAAUCCACCAAGUACUCAGUUUCUCUCCAGGAACAAUAAAAUACAGGGACAUAACCUGCCUUUGCCAGGCAGACAAAGGUGUACUGGACUGUGAAUGCUAUGGCCUGAAGGAGAUAAGCCUUAGUCAAGAGGCAAGUCCACAUUGCACUGAGGGACUAACCCGGCCUGAGAACAUCACAAAAGAUCAUAUUGGUCAGUGGUGCAUUAUCAACUACGAUGGUGAACCCUACCCAGGAAUCAUUCUGGAGGUUGAAGAGGAUGUUAAAGUGAAAUGCAUGCACAAGAACGGGACCAACAAGUUCCACUGGCCAAGUCCACGUGAGGACAUAACCUGGUAUAGGGAUGACCAGGUUGUGUGUCUGAUGAAAGAACCAACACCUUUGAAUAAGAGGUCAGUUCAGCUGGAGAGGAAAGUG